UUCGGCUGGAGUCUUUUUCUCACUCCCCUUUGCGUUCGAAACGGGCGAGGUGCGGAACAGUUGUUUGAGACAUGUUUUGGACUAGUGUCUUCUGUCGUCUUCAUGGGUAGAUCAAAGAAAAAGAGACCUGCGAAGUAUAAAAGUUAUUACGACCGAGAUCUGGCUCAUGAAUGUGAUGUUCCCGAAUCUACACAACGAUAUCGAAAUCGACAACAAAAUGACACAGCUGGAGAGAAUGCUCCACUAAACGCUGAUCUGCAACAGGGAGCGGAGCUGCAAGGAUUGACAGAUUAUCAUGAUGCGGAUGCUGCCGAACAUAACCAACAGCCUCAACCUGAGAGUGAAUCCCUUGAUGAUUCUGACGACUCCAUUGAAGCAUCCGAUCCUGGACAUCUUUCCGAUUCCGAAUCUAGCAGUGAAUAUGAUGACUUCGUCAACUUACAUAACAAGAGAUGCCGUAACCCAAAUGAAGGAGAUCCAAAUCAGAUCAUUAUCUCUGAACCAGAACACAGUGAAUCAGGAGCUGAGGAACAGACAGAUCAUUCUUCUCCAAAUGACUCCGAAUCAGAAUACGAUGAGGAUGGUCCUGAGCAAAUUACUGAUAAAGCCGGGCCUCAUGAGGAACAAACUUCAGAUUCCGAUUCUUCAAGUGGGCACAACUUUGUCACCUUACGCAACAAGAGACUUCGUAAUCCAAACAGAGAUGGUUUUGACGCAGCUAAUGAGAGAGAACCCACUCAGAUUACUCUGUCUGAAUCGGAGCACAGUGCAUCAGCAACUGAGGAACAGACAGAUCAUUCUUCUCCAAAUGACUCCGAAUCAGAAUACGAUGAGGAUGGUCCUGAGCAAAUUACUGAUAAAGCCGGACCUCAUGAGGAACAAACUUCGGAGUCCGAUUCUUCAAGUAUGCACAACAACUUUGUCACCUUACGCAACAAGAGACUUCGUAAUCCAAACAGAGAUGGUGGUGGCGCAGCCAAUGAAGAAGAUCCCACUCAGAAUACUCUGUCUGAAUCGGAGCACAGUGCAUCAGUAACUGAGGAACAGACUCAGCAUUCGUCUGCAGAUGAGUCUAAUAGUGAAUCUGGCAGUGAUGGCCUUUUUCAAAAUUUUGACAAUGCCUCCCUUCAUUCUGAACAAACGACUGACUUUGAAAUGGAUAACAUGUCUGAUAGUGUCAAUAUUGAACACUGUGGUUUUGAGAAUCAAAACAGAGACAUGGGUCUCUGGGAUGGUGACCAGGCAAAUGAGUCUAUCUCUUCAGACGCCAAUGAAGAGCAAGAAAACGAAGCCCACAUUGCAGAGAACAUGCCAGACAAUGUCGUAACUGGGACUGAUGGUUUUCAGAAGUUGCUAACUAAACUCCAUGGUGUAUAUUCAGAAGAUAUCCCUUCUCAACCAACAGUGAACCCUAACGACAUUAUCCAAAUGGUGAUAGGUUUAUCUCAAAGGCAUAGGUGGACACACCACGAGAAAGAAGAUUUGAUGAAAUUAGUUAACUGGAUUGUAGGAAGGCGAAUCCUUCCAGAUACUCGCUUUCUUAUAGACUCUGUAUUUUUUCCUAAAUCAAGUUUGACAUAUUUUUUUUAUUGUUGUAAAUGCACUAAAAUGUUAGGUAGUAGUGAACUUAUUGAAAUGAAAGUCAAGACUAAGACAUGCCCUAAUACAAAGUGUGCCCACUCCAAUGUGAUAUCUGACCUUUCCAAAGCCACAUACUUCGUAUGUUUUGAUGUACCAUCACAGAUUGCUUUACUUCUACAAGACCAGAAUGUACGAAGGAAACUGUUAAAUCCCAAAAGUCUCUUUGAAAAUUCAAACCAUGAUAGAGUGAUGCGGGAUCUGUAUGAUGGUUCAGUAUAUCGAAAAUUUCUGUCAUAUCUUGAUUUUUCCAGCAAUACUCAUUAUGUCUCAGUAUCAAUGUCUGUCGAUGGUGUUGCCCUAUUUGUGACUAGUACUGUUUCUAUCACACCUUGUUUUCUUAUGAUAAAUGAACUACCCCCAGUACUAAGGAUGAAUAAUUUAAUCCUUGCUGGCCUAUGGUUUGGAAAAAAGGUACAAACUGAUGUAUUUCUUCCACCAAUUGUAGACAAAAUUAAACAUUUAUCUAAUGAAGGAUUUAAUAUUAAAGUUGAAGACAAUGUUUAUUGGCAUGUUAAGCUGUAUCUUCUCUCACUUGUGGCAGAUUCUGGCCUUAGGUGGGAUGUACAGGGAAUCCAUGCGCACAGAGGGGAAUAUAUAGUUGUUCGUGGUGUCUUAUCAAGGGUGAAGAGUUGGGAGGUGCUAGAAAAUUCCGCUUCAGUUACCCUUUUCCACCUUCAAGAACUCUUCAACAGAUGCUGGAGGAUGCAGCUGAGGCAUUGAGGACUAAAAAGGUCAUAAGGGGAGUAAAAUGCCUGUCUGUCUUAACUGCUGCUCCUC